AUUAUUUACGGAAGCUUGGUCCCUACAUGGACGGUGAGCACCGGAUCGUGGUCUCCAGCGGACUGACUGCCGUCGUGUGGAGGGGGAGGGUCGGUAGAACCGGUCUGAUUCUGUGAACACUGUUCUGACUCUGUUCGGCGACAUAGCCAUGUCUCCAUCCAUACCCCUCCAAGAGAUGAUCCGGGCCAUCAGGUCGGCCAGGACCCAGUGUGAGGAGCGGGGCGUCAUCCAGAGGGAGUGUGCCGCCAUCCGGGCCCAGUUCAGGCAGACAGACAGCGGGGCACGAUCGCACAACCUGGCCAAGCUGCUCUACGUGCACAUGCUGGGCUACCCAGCUCACUUUGGUCAGAUGGAGUGUGUGAGGAUGAUCGCCAGCCCCCGCUACAGUGAGAAGCGGGUGGGGUAUCUAGGAGCCAUGAUGCUGCUGGACGAAAAGCAGGACGCCAGCCUGCUCAUCACCAACUCCAUCAAAAAUGACCUGUCUCACAGUAACCAGUACGUACAGUCUCUGGCUCUGUGCACUCUGGCUUGUAUGGGUUCCGCUGAGAUGUGCAGAGAUCUGGCGCCAGAGAUCGACAGGCUGCUCCGAGCCUCCAACUCCUAUAUCAAGAAGAAGGCUGCUCUGUGUGCUGUUCACAUCGUGAGAAAAGUCCACGAUCUCGGGGAGCUUUUUGCUCCAGCUGCUCGCUCCCUCUUAGUGGAGAAGAACCACGGUGUGCUACAUGGUGCUGUGGUGCUCAUCACUGAGCUGUGUGAGCGCAGUACAGAGACACUCGAGCGGUUCAGGAAGAUAGUACCAGAUCUAGUUCAGAUCAUGAAAGGUCUGGUCAUUUCCGGUUACUCUCCAGAGCAUGAUGUGGCAGGAAUCAGUGAUCCCUUCCUACAGGUACGAAUCUUGAGGUUGCUGAGAAUCCUCGGACGCAACAAUGAAACAGCAAGUGACGCCAUGAACGACCUACUCGCUCAGGUGGCGACCAACACUGACAGCACUAAGACAGUGGGCAACGCUGUGCUGUAUGAGACUGUUCUCACUGUGCUGGACAUCAAGUCAGAGAGCGGCCUCAGGGUUCUGGCCGUGAACAUCCUGGGAAGAUUCCUUCUGAACAACGACAGGAACAUUCGGUACAUCGCCAUGACCUCCCUUCAAAAGAUUGUUUGCACAGACCACAAUGCUGUGCAGCGCCACAGAGGAACCAUAGUGGACUGUCUGAAGGACCAGGACGCUUCUGUAAAACGCCGUGCAUUGGAGCUCUCCUUAGCUCUUGUGUCAGCCUCCAACAUUCGCACCAUGAUGAAGGAGCUGCUCCUCUUCCUUUCCUCCUGUCCCCCGGAGCUAAAAGCUCACGCUGCCAGCGGCAUAUUCAACGCUGCUGAAAGGUAUGCACCCUCCCAGCGCUGGCACAUUGACACCAUCCUGCAUGUCCUCACCACGGCAGGGGGCGACGUGAGAGAUGAAACUGUUCCCAAUCUGAUCCAGCUCAUCACCAACACCUCUGAGCUGCACUGUUACACCGUCCACAAGCUCUACCGCGCCCUGCUCACUGACAUCUCUCAGCAAUCCCUGGUGCAGGUGGCCUGCUGGUGUAUAGGAGAGUAUGGAGACCUGCUGCUGAAAGGAGAGUGUCAGGAGACUGAGGCUGCACAGGUCACUGAAGACGAUGCUCUGGAUGCCUUGGAAACAGUUCUACAGUCCCACAUGUCCUCCCCAGCCACCAGGGGCUUUGCUCUCACCGCCACCAUGAAACUGAGCACACGCAUCACUGACAACGUGGAUCGGAUCAGAAGCAUUGUCAGCAUCUACGGCAGCUGUUUAGACGUGGAGCUCCAGCAGAGGGCAGUUGAAUACAAUGCUCUGUUCAAAAAAUAUGACCACAUGAGGGCAGCGGUGCUGGAGAGGAUGCCUGUGAUUGAAAAGAACUCCAUGGGUCAUAUCAAUGGAGAGUCAGCGGGGGAAACCGUGAAGGAGAUCCAAACAGCUACAGUCAAGAAGGCAGAGCCGCUGCUGCAACAACAGCCUGCUAACCAGGUGUGUGAUCUCUUGGACCUGCUGGGUGGCUCCGAGGAGCCUCUGCAGCCCAGUCCAUUACAGAGCAGCACAGCACCAGGUCUGUCCAUCAACACCACCAGCACUGCAGGAGGAGACCUGCUGGAUCUGCUGGGAGGGCUAGAGCCAACGCCCCUGGCACCAGCUCCCACAGUGACAGUGUAUGAGAAAGACGGGGUGACUUUGACACUUCAUUGUGAGAAACAGUCAGACUCAGGUCUGACAGUCACACUCACAGCCUCCAACUCCACUGACUCGGACAUCAGCGGCUUCACCCUGCAAGCUGCUGUACCCAAGAGUGUCCAGUUACACAUGAAGGCCCCCAGUGGGGACUCUCUCCCUGCACGAGGCGCAGCUAAGGUGACCCAGAUGGUGGUCCUCAACAACCCAAACAAGGUGAGCCUGAAGAUGAGGAUCCGCGUUUCCUACACCAGACAAGGAUCAGCCUUUCAGGACACCGUCCAGGUCGACUCGUUCCCAGCCCUCUGACGGGUGUUAGUCAGUCCUGCUGGACUAUGACAGCUGAGUGUGGAUGAGUCAGCAGCCGUCAGACUCACUCACAGCCUGCUGUAAAAAACUCCACUCUACAGUCCAACCUGCUGUUCCUCAAAUACCCACCUUUUUUAUUUCUGGUGUUGUUAGAGAUGAAAAACACUCGUUCUCUCACAGGAAAUCAGCCUCGUGUUAACACAUAGUUCUCCUCUCGCCUGCAGCUGAUGUAUAAAUGUGAUUCACGACACGAGCUGUGGAAUAUGCAGGUAAAACAUGGAAAUGACAAAAUAAUAGUAUUUUCUAAGAAGUUUUAUGACUGUCCAAACAAAUAUCCACUAAGUUUCAACCAGGGUUUUAUUUUAACUCCUCCAGUCAAUUGUAUUCAGAUGGUUUCAGUCUUUAAUUAUACAUUUGAGUGUGGCUUCUAUCAGUUUAAGUCACUGGAUCAACUCAACUUUAUACUCCACUACAAGGCGAUUUCACUUUUUCCUCAUUUUCCUCGACCUUCUUCACUCCACUGUAAAGCAGCUGAACACUUACUAAUGAGCCACUACGACGAAUGUGUUAUUCUUUCAUCCACAACGCUUGAUUUUAUUUGGAAAAUGCAGGGACGGGAAUUUGAAUCUGAAGGGUUGAAGACUUUAAACAGCCAUGUGUCUUGGAAUUCACUUGUCUUGUGUUCUUCAGCUGAAAUGAGUAUCAGAGCAUCAUCUUCCUCUCUCCCCUGUGCCUUCCACCCUCUCAAGAAAUGAAGUUUUCUAAAAUAUAAAAUGUCUUAUUUAAUUUUGAAGGCUAAGAAAUGGUUUUAAAAGAAAGGAGUAUUGUCAAAUAAACAUUUUUAUCAUUCCCACAAGCAACACUUGUUUUUUCUGACCAUUAUUUCCUUGUCAAUUGUUUACAGGGGCUCCUUAUUAAAUUGUUUUAAUUUCUGGAGACUAUGUAAAGUGAUACAAGAAAAACAAGAUGUAUAUUUGAGAUGAUAACCGUGUAAGUAAAACUACAAAUGUACAUUGGAAAUCUCUAACAUGAUACUUGGAAGUUGUCAAACAUAAGAUGAAUAAAGUGUAUUAUCUGAGUUAUUUGAAAAAUCACCUCAUAUCACAGAACUUUUGAAAACACUGAAGACUGGAUACAAGCAGUGGUGCUGUAAAUUGAUUUAAGCACAAUCUACCUUCACUAAAGUGUACGGGAGUAUUCUAUCAACUGUUUAUAUUUGUCUUUGAAUUUUCAGUCUCAUGUCAUUUUCUAUAAAACAACAGAAGUUUUCAGAAUCCUCA